UGUGUUUCCCACUGCCCGUCAAUCAAAAUAGAAAAAAAUCAAGACAGUUAUCACUUAUUGCUGCGCAUCUGCAAUCACUAUAAUUUUCCGAAAAUGUGCGGCGUGUGAUUACGUCCGUUCUCCGAUUCACAGCGAGUCACGCAAUGACCGCCCCAGAACAGCCAGUAAAACAAGAGGAAAUGGCUGCCUUGGACGCGGACGGCGGUCGGAGCGGCUUUCUGCAGCAGGAUAAUGGAAGAGGAGAUCAGGACACUCAGCCGUCAUCGCUCGACCUGCUGGCAACUACCUGCAGCAAGGUUGGGUCACCGUCGUCAGAGGUGGACAGAGGUGCUGCCGCUGAUGUGACAACAGAUCUCACAUCUGUACAGCUCACUGGAACCGAUAGAUGGGAGGUGCUAACCCCAACAACAGUAUCGAAGGAGGACCCGGGAAUGAUACAGAUCCAGAGCCAAGGGAUAUUAACUUCAAACGGACAAUAUGUUCUUCCUCUCCACAACCUCCAGAAUCAACCAAUCUUUGUGACGUCAGGAACUGAUGCCUCGUCUGCCAACACAGUGCCUAACAUUCAGUACCAAGUGAUUCCUCAGAUUCAGACCGCUGAUGGACAACUGAGCUUCUCCACUCCUACAGUGGAAGGAGCUACCCUGAGUCAGGAUGCGACAGGGCAGAUCCAGAUCUUGCCUGAUGGUAGCCAGGGUAUAAGUGUGACAUCGGCUGCCGACAUCCUUACGAACAACCAGAACCUCAUAUCACAGACCGGGCAGGUCCAGGGAGUUUCUAUUGGCAGCUCCACCUUUAACAACCAGGGUCAGGUUGUCACUAAUGUGCCUGUGGGUUUGCCAGGGAACAUCACUUUUGUUCCCAUUAACAGUGUGGACUUGGACUCACUCGGCCUGUCUGGUGCUCAGACUAUAGCAACAGGGGUCACUGCUGAUGGUCAGCUAAUUAUGGCAAGUCAGCCUGUGGAUGGCUCAGAGAACUUGGAGAAGACUGAUGAUCACCUCUCUCAGACACUACAUGUAAACAAUUCAAAUGCAAAUCCAGAUAUGUACGUGCCAACAGCCUCCUCUCACCUGCCUGAUACAACAAAUGAAUCGGCUUUGGUGACGGGACAGGACACUUCAUUGUCAUCCAUGGCUACAGAGCAUGGUGACUCUGCUAGUUCUGGUCUCCAAGAGAGUUUCAUCCAGCAAAAUCAGGUCCAGAGCAUCCACACAUCCACGGCCCAGCCCAUCAUCCAGUUGCAGCAAGUGCCGGUCCAAACCAGCAAUGGUCAGGUUGUCCAGUCGGUGGCAGUAGGCGGGCAGACUAUGCAGAAUGUUCAGCUAAUCAACCCAGGGACGUUCAUCAUCCAGGCUCAGACAGUGACGCCAUCAGGACAGAUUCAAUGGCAGACUUUUCAGGUGCAGGGAGUGCAAAACCUGCAGAACCUCCAGCUGCCCACCACACCACCUCAGCAGAUAACCUUGGCUCCGGUCCAGACCCUCUCCCUGGGUUCCAAUCCAGUCAGCAUCAGCACAGGGCAGAUCCCCAACCUGCAGACAGUAACGGUAAACUCCAUGACCCAGCAAGAGGGGGACACGAACAGCCCUGGAGAUAUUCAGAUAAAGGAAGAGCCUGAUUCAGAGGACUGGCAGCUAGGCACUGACUCCACCCUGAAUACCAGUGAUCUUUCCCACCUGCGUGUGAGACUGGUGGAUGAGGAGGACCAGCUUGGCCAGGAGAGCAAGAGGUUGCGACGAGUAGCUUGCACUUGCCCAAACUGUAAAGAGUCCGGGGGGAGAGGAUCAAAUAUGGGGAAGAAGAAGCAGCACAUUUGCCAUAUUGCGGGCUGUGGGAAGGUGUAUGGAAAGACGUCCCACCUGCGAGCGCACCUGCGCUGGCACUCUGGGGAACGGCCCUUCGUUUGCAGCUGGAUGUUCUGUGGGAAGAGGUUCACACGCAGCGAUGAGCUACAGAGACACAGGAGAACACACACAGGAGAGAAGAAGUUCGUGUGUCCAGAAUGUUCCAAGCGCUUCAUGCGGAGUGACCACCUGGCGAAGCACAUAAAAACCCAUCAGAACAAAAAAGGCGUGAACUCUGGCAACGCCGUGGUGGCCUCAAUGGAGUCGGCGGGGUCCUCAGACAGUAUCAUCACCACCGCAGGCGGGACCACCCUCAUCCUCACCAACAUCCAGCAGGGCUCCAGCAACGCCCAGGACAUCCUGGCUAACGCAGAGAUCCCGCUCCAGCUCGUGACCACUGUAUCAGCCAGUGAAGUCAUGGAGUGAUUUACACUCCACUUACGAACUUCUGCAAUCUCCCUCAUAUAUUCCCACCUGUUUUAUUACUUUUCACUUCAAAGUUCGUGUUUUUGAGGAAAUAUAUAUUAUAUAUAUAUUUUAAUGCAUAAAUAAUCAAUUCAUUUCCAUGAGAGCAGUGGUUUUACAAAGGAAGGGUCAGGUGGGAAUGAGGAAGAGGGUUAAAAAAAAAAAGGUGGUUGCAGUAUACACAAGGAAAUGCCUUAUUUUGUACAAUAUUGUGUAGUUGGAAGUGUAGGACACUUUCGAUUUAAGGCUACUUAUUUGUUAAUGAUGCGCGUUUUCGAGAAAAGAUGAAAAGAAAAAUGGUACACAGUCGAGCAAUUUGCUCCUGCAGGUGUGAUGCCUUUGUCAAUAGUGUCUCCUAAUGAUGUCUCGUUGGAAAAAAGGUUGUUCUGUAAUCCGGUGAGCAACACAAAACCCCUUAACAGAGCCAUUUUUAUUAAAUUGACAAAAUGUUAUUGCCCAUGUCCCUGUUUGUCUCCAUGCAAAUAUAUCUGUAAUAAUUCACCUCUUAUAUGCAUUUGUUUUUUCAUAGUGUCCUCCUUUUCUUUUAGUCUUUGAGCUUGCCAAGUAAAUUCACAAUCCUCUCUCUCUCUCUCCCCACGUAGUUGCUCACACCUCCUACGGUUCUGGUGGUGGACAAGAAAAACAAUCAUGUAAUUAAAAACUUUUGUACUAUAAUUCCUCUUGAACAUAUACGGUUAAUGUGAUAUGCACGUCAGCAUAUCGGAUAUUUUGACUGAACAGCUAUUUAUAAUAGGCUUUGCAUAGAAAAUGGGUUUGUGAUUUUAAAACUCCAAAUUCUAUAUAAAAAAAUGGCUUUUUCAUCGUGUACUUCAAAUGUGCUUUUGUAAAAACAUUUUUUUUGUUUUUGUUUUUUUGUUUUUUGUUUUUUUGAAUAAUUCAAAACAAAAUGUCGCAUUGUAAUAUGAAGAAGAAGAAAAAAGCCAUGUUUGGGAGGUAAUUGCCAAAUUUGAUAACAAUCUCAGGGUGACUUGGUCGUGCAGUACUGUGAUUGGCUCGUGCAUACUAACGUUAAUCCUGCCCUGUAGCUGGAGGGCGCACUGUGGGGUGUGAUGGAGAAGUGUUUUCCUGAUGGACCAAAAGCCGAGGUGAAUUAUACCGUCACCGUGUAACCUAUGCUCUUUCGAAUCUGACCACGUCAGGGUCUUUUAAACGACACCACCCCCACCCCCAUCACCUUAAACGUAAUAGCUUGGUUCAAUUCUGUAUCGGCGCCUCGCUCUUUCAGCUCUAUUAGGCAGGCGAAAUGGUGUCAAGUGUAUUGCUGAAAGCGGUACUGUGUGUGUGUGUGUGUGUGUGU